AUGUGCCCCUUCUGUCUUUUCACCCCCUCCCUACUUUCCCCUCCCCUCUCUUCCCCUCCUCCCCUUUCUUCCCCUCCUUCCCUCUCUUCCCCUCCCCCUCUCGCUUCCACUCCUCCCCUCUCUUCCCCUCUCUUCCCUCCCCUCUCCUCCCCUCCUCACCACACCACACCGCACUGCACCACACAGCUCAAGGACCUGGAGUUGCGGGCGAGGCUGAGGCUCAUCCUGCAGCUGGGGGAGCAGCUGCCGUGCAUCGAUGCUGUCGUCAUCUCCAUCCACAAGAAGGUGCGUUGUGCCCUCCACUUGAAUGCCUCCCCACCGCACUCUACCUCCUCUCUACUCACUCUACCUCUCUACUCACUCUACCUUUCUACUCACCGUACCUUUCUUCCUCAGCCGCGCAUGCGCAUUGGCUACAAGCUGAAGGCAAUGGGGAGAUUCUCAGGCACCUUCUCACCCUCUUCCCACCUUGCCACUCCUCCCCAACCCCCCCACACCCCCCCCUCCUUCCCCAUAACCCUUCACCGCCUGCAGCCGCGCAUGCACAUAUACCACAAGCUGAAGGCGAUCGGGGGGUUGUCAGGCAGCUUCUCAUCCUCUCCUCCCUCCCUCCCCUUUCCCAACCCCUCUUCCCCUCCCCUCCCCCCCCCCCCACCGCCGCCCCCUCCAGCCGCGCAUGCGGAUAGAAUACAAGCUGAAGGCGAUCGGGGGCCAGCUGUCGUCCAUCCCGGGGCUGGCGGGGAUGAUAGAGAGCACGAGAGCACCGUGCACAGCGCCACUGAGAGCACGCUCAUGUGGCCCGAACGCAUAGUUGUGCCACUCGCGCCCAAGUUUGACGCGAGCUUUCUUGAGAUGCACUACGAGGGCUCACUGGUGGUAACCGCGUGGAAGGCGGAGGGAUUGAAGAACGUGGAUAUGAUGAGCGUAUCGGACCCCUUUGCCAUCCUGUGGACGCACGGCAAGCACAAGGCCGUCACCAGGACUAUUGACAAUGACCUUAACCCGGUCUGGAACGAAACUUUCGAGCUGCCCGUGGACGACAUCCACACCGCAGAGCUUUUCAUUCAGGUGGACGAUGAGGACAGCUUUGGGAGUCAGAACCUGGGGUACGCCAUGUACCCUUUAGUGGGCCUCCUCGAUAAGGACACAGUGCAGACGGUCACAUUGACGUUGCUGCCCAAGCUUAACAACGAUCGCAUGUUGGGCAUCGACCACAAGCUGGGGCGCAUCACUCUACAGAUGGUAUACCGCAGCUACACGCCAGAGGAGAAGGUGCAGAUGGUAUACCGCAGCUACACGCCAGAGGAGAAGGUGCAGGUGACAGCAGCGGAGAAGGCUCGGGACCCCAAGGUGCGAGACUGCCCACUCGACCCUGUCGCCGCCCAGCGUGUCUUCGCUGCCGCCCUCCUCUCCGCCCGCCACCGCAAGCUUUCCGCCGCCUCCGCCUCUCAAGGCAAGCGGGAUGUCCGCUUCUCGGCCCAGUCUGGUGAAGGGGAUGGUGCGGCGGAGGGGGAGGGGCAUGGGAGUGUGUUGGGGGGAGGGGAAGGGGGUGGAGGGAGUGGGAAGGGGGAGAAGGGUGGAGGGGGUAGCUGGUGGUGGUCGUGGUUGUCGUGGUUGCUUGGUGGUGGUGGGAAGGCAGGGAGCGGAGCCGAUGGUGGUGGUGGUGCUUCUGGUGGUGAUGGGCCUGGUAGCGGCUUCCGCAGUGGCUUUGCAGACGCAGCCGCUGCUGCUGUUGCUGAGGCUGCUGCUGCUGAGGCUGCUGAGGCUGAGGCUGCUGAGGCUGCUACUGCAGAGGAGGAGGAAACUGAGGAUGGGGAUGCGGAUGCUGAUUAUGGUGACGGCAGCAGCAGCAAAGCUAAGGAUGGUGGAGCGGUGGGGGGGAGGAGUAGCAACAGUGGCAAUAUUAGCCAGGCACUAGGUAGGCGGAUGAAAAAGGGUGAGGGCCAGAGCAGUGGGAAGUUCAUGUGGGGAUCACUCAAGGGGUGGACAGGCGGGCAGAAGGCAAAAACGAGGAGAAAGAGCGGUGAAGGGGGGUGGGACGUGGUGGCAGAUAAAAUGGUGGAGUCAGCAAGAGGGCGGGAGCUUAAGAGGAGCUUCCAGGUGUCAAGGGAGAGUAGGAGGGAGGGAGGAGGAGAGGAGUGGGAGGAUGAGGAUUGGGAGGAUGAGGAGGAGGAGGAUGAGGAGGAGGAUGAGGAAGAAGAGUCUUCUUGCGUGGAAAACGGAGAGGAGGGUGAAAGAGUGAUGGACGAUGGGGAGAGUGUGGGAGAGGAGAAUCUUCGUGCUGGUAGGCUAGGUGCAGGUUCAGAGGGGGGCGAUCAGGAGGAUAGAGAGGUGGAGAGGGAGAAGACGAUAAACCCCGAGCCCUCAAUAGAGGGAUGCGCUCUGCAGGAGAGUUUAAGGGAGGAGGGAGAUGGAAGUGGGGGAGAGAGAGGUGCAGGAGAAGGGAGGAUGAAUGGGGAGAUGGAGGCGGAAGGUGAGGGAGAAGGUGCAGAAGGUGCGGCAGGUGCCAGUGGUGGUGCAGGGGCGAGUGGCAGGGACGGGCAGGGGAGGGGUGUGGGUGCGGUGUCAAGGAAGAGAGAGGCUGCUGAUGCUGGCUCUUCUGCUGAUGGUGCUGGCGCUGGUGAUGGUGGUGACGGUGGUGAUGGUGGUGGUGAUGAUGGUGGUGGUGGUUUGCGGAGUGGGCAUGAUGGGGAGGGCGGUGGGGUGGGCAUGAGCCUCGGUGUUGGUGGGUGGACUGCGGUGAUGGACGGUGUGGUGGAGUUGGUGGAAGAGCAAGAGCGAGAGCUCAAGCGUAGCCUGCAGGUGUCGAGGAGAUGGCGGUUUGGAAGUUUAGGAGGAGAGGAGGAGGGGAAAGAAGAGGAGGAUGGAGAAGAGGCAGGAGGAGCGGUGGGCUCUUUGUGUGAGAACAACAAGGAGGAAUCAGGAGGAGGGAUGGCCGAUGGGCAGGCCAGCAAGGUCAGAGGGAGUGCUAGGAGGAGUGAUACCUCUCCUGCUUCCACACUAGGGAAUGCGAGUGCUGAUAAGCUUUCCAACGUGGUAGCUGCUGAGAGUGCUGCCGGGGGUGCUGUGGGAAGGAAGUCGUUUGGUGGGAUGGCACGGGCGGUUGAUACGGGUCGAGCAUUCAGCCAGGCUUUAAGCAUUCUUUCGGAUAGGAAGCUGCCUGGAAAGGGGCUGGGAGGGAAGAGUCUUGCUGCUGUAAGGCGCGUGGGUGGAGGGCACACGCGCAGUAAGACGGCUGGGGAAGUGAUCUGCCUGGAUGCAGAUGAAACAGUGGUGGAGGGAGAUGAAACGGUGGUGGUGGGAGAUGAAAUGGUGGUGGUGGGAGAUGAAAUGGUGGUGGAGGGGGGUAGAACGGUGCAGGAGGGAGAUGAAACGCGCGGGUGUGGCAGCGAUGGGAAGAGGGAGGUGACUUUUGAGUCGACUCAAAAGGUGCAUGGUGGAUUUGGUAGCAAGGCAAAGAGCUUUGCUGCUCUGGAAGAUGCACUUGCAGGAGAGAGGGCGAUGGAGGGAGAUGGGGAGGCUGAGUGUGAUACGGCAUGGGAAGUAUGUGUGCCUGUGACGAGUGUGCCUGUGACGAGUGUGCCUGUGGGUGGGAACGUGGGGGAGGGAGUGAGGGAGGGAGUGAGGGAGUGCAAGGAAGCGAAGGGAUGCGGGCCAGGGGCGUGUGAUGAGGGCGGUGGUGAGAUUGGGAGGAGAGUCGAGAGCUCAGAGCUGGGUGGGUGCAGAGAGGUUAGUGGCGGUGCUGACUGUGCUGGGGCAAGGGAGCAGGUAGGAAGUGAUGCUGCGUUGAGAGAGGGGAGAGAGAGGUGUGGGGAGGAAGAGAGCAUUGGGGAGCGGGAGAGGAGUGGAGAGGGGACGGAUGAGCAUAUGAGGGAGGGCGGUGGAGGUGAGGGAAGGGGCGAGGAUGAUCUGAGGGGUGAGAGACAUGAGAGUGGGGAGAGAGGACUGAGACAUGAAAGAGAGGAGAGCGCUGAAAGAGAUGAAAGAGGUGAAAGAGAUGAGGGAGACAAGCGAGCGGAGCGAGGGAUGGAGGAUGAAGAAGAGAACGGGAGGCGUGAAGGAGAGGACAGAGGAGGGAGUGGGGGAGAGGGCAGCAUAAAUGAGUCGAUCAGAAGCCGUGCAGGUGAAUCAGCGGGGCUGGCAGAGACAGAGGAGAGCAGAGAAGGGGAGAGUGGAGAAGGGGAGAGUGUAGAAGGGGAGAGUGGAGAAGGGGAGAGCAGAGGGGAGGAGAGCAGAGAAGGGGAUGGUGGAGAAGGGGAGAGGGGAGAGCAGAUGGGGUUGAGCAUGGAAAGAGCCUCUGCAGCUGAUUCUUUGCAUGCUCUGCAUUCAUCAACUGCAUGCUCUGCAGUGUCGGGUGCUGCUAACAGACAUGUUUCAGCGGGGAGCAAGGAAGGUAGGGAAUUUCCUGGCGGGAGAGAAGGAAUGGGGGAUGAUGACACAGCGAUGAGUGAAAGUGCAACUAACACGUGGCAUCAAGGAGAUGAAACUCUCGUGCAAGGAGAUGAAACUCUUGAGCAAGGGGAUGAAGGUUGGAGGGAGGGAGAUGUGCUUAUGGCAGCGGGGGCUGCGGACUGUGUGGGGGAGGUGGGGGUGCAGGGAGUAGCAGGGGAGCACACAGAACGCAAAGAGGAGGAGAGGAAGAGAGAAGAGGAGGAGAGGAAGAGAGAAGAGGAGGAGAGGAAGAGAGAAGAGGAGGAGAGGAAGAGAGAAGAGGAGGAGAGGAAGAGAGAAGAGGAGGAGAGGAAGAGAGAAGAGGAGGAGAGGAAGAGAGAAGAGGAGGAGAGGAAGAGAGAAGAGGAGGAGAGGAAGAGAGAAGAGGAGGAGAGGAAGAGAGAAGAGGAGGAGAGGAAGAGAGAAGAGGAGGAGAGGAAGAGAGAAGAGGAGGAGAGGAAGAGAGAAGAGGAGGAGAGGAAGAGAGAAGAGGAGGAGAGGAAGAGAGAAGAGGAGGAGAGGAAGAGAGAAGAGGAGGAGAGGAAGAGAGAAGAGGAGGAGAGGAAGAGAGAAGAGGAGGAGAGGAAGAGAGAAGAGGAGGAGAGGAAGAGAGAAGAGGAGGAGAGGAAGAGAGAAGAGGAGGAGAGGAAGAGAGAAGAGGAGGAGAGGAAGAGAGAAGAGGAGGAGAGGAAGAGAGAAGAGGAGGAGAGGAAGAGAGAAGAGGAGGAGAGGAAGAGAGAAGAGGAGGAGAGGAAGAGAGAAGAGGAGGAGAGGAAGAGAGAAGAGGAGGAGAGGAAGAGAGAAGAGGAGGAGAGGAAGAGAGAAGAGGAGGAGAGGAAGAGAGAAGAGGAGGAGAGGAAGAGAGAAGAGGAGGAGAGGAAGAGAGAAGAGGAGGAGAGGAAGAGAGAAGAGGAGGAGAGGAAGAGAGAAGAGGAGGAGAGGAAGAGAGAAGAGGAGGAGAGGAAGAGAGAAGAGGAGGAGAGGAAGAGAGAAGAGGAGGAGAGGAAGAGAGAAGAGGAGGAGAGGAAGAGAGAAGAGGAGGAGAGGAAGAGAGAAGAGGAGGAGAGGAAGAGAGAAGAGGAGGAGAGGAAGAGAGAAGAGGAGGAGAGGAAGAGAGAAGAGGAGGAGAGGAAGAGAGAAGAGGAGGAGAGGAAGAGAGAAGAGGAGGAGAGGAAGAGAGAAGAGGAGGAGAGGAAGAGAGAAGAGGAGGAGAGGAAGAGAGAAGAGGAGGAGAGGAAGAGAGAAGAGGAGGGGGGCAGGAGGAAGAGAGAAGAGGUGGAGAGCAGGAGGACGAGAGAAGAGGAAAACAGGCGACUCAAGGAGGGAGCAGCAGAGAAGGGGGCUGCAGCGGAAGGAGCAGCAGCAGAGGGACCAGCAGCAGAGGCUGGAGGGAAGGAGGGUGUAGGAGAAGAGGUGGGAGGGGAGAAGGGGGAGGGAGAGGGCGGGCGAGGAGAGGUGGGGGGAGGAGAGGAGGCGGAUACGCUGGCAGUGAGCGGGCCCCAACAGAGCCCUGCUGCGCGGGGGUGGGGUGGAGCAUGGCUGGGCGCUGCUGUGCACGUGAGUCGAGUCGCGGGCAAGGCGAUCCGUCGCACCCCUGCCUCUGUUGCUGCAGCCGCUGCUGCUGCCCCUGGGUUUGGGCCUGGAAGGAAAUCUGGAAAGAAGUUGUUGGAUGGUGGGAGGAAGGAGGAGGUAGGGCAUGAGGAGGAGCAGGUAGCUGGGCAGGCUGUUGAGGUGUCUGAGAAGGCGGUUGGCCAAGCUGGAAAGGAUGAGGAAGAGUGGAAAGACGCGCCAUUCUCUUUCACUGCUCCUUCGUGCUUUAUUGGCUCUUCCAGCCCUUAUGAGGACAUCCCAGGGGGGAAGGCUUUGAACAAAGGGAAGGGGAAGGGUGGAGCGUGGGCAUUUGCUAAGAAUGUGAAGAAUGUGGGGCGGGCGCUUAGAGGUAUGAAGGGCGGCACCAAGUGUGUUUACUCUCCGGAGGAGUUGCGGGAUCGGUUGGAUGAUAGGCGAGAGGAGAUGGAGAGGAUGGCUGAGAUGGAGGCGUUUCUCCUCCUCCUCGCGCUAUCCGCGUUAUUAGCAGCAGCCGCCGGCGUCGCUGCUGCGACGAAGCCCCCCCGCUCAGGCGGGGUCGCUCUGCGCGGCGGCGACGGCAGCGUGACCGGCGGGACGGCAACAGCAGGCGGGCGCGGCGGCAGCGGUGGUCCGCACGCCGUUUCGCACGGCGAUUCGCGGCACGGCGGGAUUCCCGGCGGCGGGAGUGACGAGGAGAGGGAGGACGGCGACGGAGGCCACGGCGGGCAUGGCGGCCGGGGGCACGGGGAUGUUGGUGGUAGCAGUAGCCAUGGCGGCGGGCUGUGCGGGCGGGGCGGGUGCAGCAACGACGCAGGCGAAGUGGGGUACUGGAAGCUGCCCGACUAUGGCCGCUGCAGCAUUGACACCAGCAGCACCAGCAGCAGCAGUGGUGGUGCGCCGCGGAAGGCAAACGAGGCGUGGUGUGCGGGGGCGGCUAUGGGCGUGAGGGAGUGCUGCAGCCGAUGCAGUAGCACCAACGUUACCGCCGAUGGCACUCCCUUCAACUGUCUCCACUGGGUGCACAUUCCAUCUCCUGACUCUCACGACCGCCGCAGCAGCGAGCAGCGCGGCAAGUGCGUCCUCAUCCCGGCCGUGGACACUCUCACGCCCGAGAGGGCCCGCAAGGGGCGCUGCGGCACCAACACGGGCGGUGACACGGUGCGCGUGGGGCGGCGGUGCGCUUGUGGCGAGAAUGACCCGCACUUCCUGGGCGCGCACGGCACGCGGUUUGACUUCAACGGGCUGCCAGACCGCUCCUGCCUCUACACUGACCGCCGCGUGCACAUCAACAUGGCCAUGCGUGGGUAUCUGGACGAGCGCCCGCUUGCGCUUGCGCGCGCACCCACCGCUGCUGCUGCUGCUGGUAACCGUAGCGCGCUGGCUGCCGCCCGGUUUGUCAACGGCUCGGCGGUUCGCACGUGGAUCCGACAGCUGGCGAUCAUGUGGCACGACGGCGAGAGCAGCAACAGCAGCAACAGCAGCAGCAGCAGCAGCAGCAGCAGCAGCAGCAGCGUCACUAGUGCAAACGUUAAUGCGUCGUCUCAUUCUCUCGUGCUCACAGCACGGGACGGCAAGGAGCAGACUCGCGGCGCUCAAGGCUUCCUUGCAUCCGCCACUCUUGACGGCAAGCCUCUCCCACGCCUCACCCUUGGCAAGAGCCACGUUCUCUCCAAUGGGCGGCUGGUUCUGUCCUUUGUGGGCCAGGAGAAGACCGGCCCGUUCGACGUGGACGUGUACACCCUCCGCCUGGAAAAUCUCCUGGAGCUCGAGCUGAAGCUGCGCGCGGCGCACCCUCUGUUGCAAACACCUGAGGACGCGCAGGUGCACAUCAACCUGAUGUUUGUGGACUCGAAUCCGAGCAGGCAGGUGCACGGGGUGAUGGGGCAGACGUACCGCAGCGGCAGGGAGCAGAGGACGAUGGAGUUUUCGAGGCUUGCGGCUCUGCUGCACCACCCUGUGUCAGUGGAUGGUGAGGAGGGGAAGGGGUUUCUGGAUGGGGAGGUGGGGGAUUAUGAGACGUCGGGCGUGACUGCUACUGACUGCAGGGCCUCUACUGCCGCUGCCAAUGCUGCCUGUGCUGCUUCUGCUGCCAGUUUCUCCCCCACCCGACGCUGCUCCCCUUCCCCUGCUCUGCGAUUCCUGCUACUCCGCGCCUCUCCUCCUGCCUGCCCUCCCUCACCUGUGCUUUCCAAGCCAACUCCAAGUGCUGCUGUGGUCAAUUCCACUCCCAACGGUCACGUGCCCUGUGCUGCUCUCUCUCUCUUCCACUCUCUGCUCAAACGCCGCCCGCACUCCCCACCCCGCUCCACCCUCCGCCUCUUUCCUGCGCGCCUCUCCGCCCUUGCCCAAGCGGCCGCCCUCGCUCUCCUGCACGCCACACCAUGGCCUCCCCUCUCUCGCCUCUUAGCCUCCUCUUCUGCGGACUCCAGGUCCCGCUCCUUGCUGCUGCUGCAGGGGCGGCAGGGGCAGCAGUGGGAGCAGGGGCAGUCGUUGGAGCAGCAGCAGGAGGGACAUACUGGGAAACAACAGGUCUUGGAAGCAGCAGGAGCAGCAGCAGCGGAACGGGCAAGAGCAGCAGCAGCAGCAGCAGCAGCAGCAGAGCUGGCGGCGGGAUGGUUGACUCGCCUGCUGUCCGCCUGUGUCAGCACCGUCGCCAACAGCAAUGGCUUCAGCAGCAGUGAAAAUCCUGGCACCAGAAGCAAUAGAGGCGAUGGCGAGGUUGCUGAUGUCAGCAGCAGGCAGGGUGACGACACCACCACCAGUGAGAGGGACGGUGAGCGCAGCAGCAGCAAGGGGAGGAGCGCAGAUUGUGCUGAGCGUGUGCUGAUGGGGGUGCGCGUUGAGGCGACGGAUGGGGCGUCUUCAUCCGGUGAUGAGGCGAUGUUAGAGGCGUCUUCUUCUGUGCAAAGCGUGCUGGCAGUGGUGCACACAUGGGUAUCUCACUGCCUCCUCCCCAUGCUCGUCCAUGCCCCAUUGAGUUCUCCUGUUGGCUCGUACCCUCCCGGUCCCACUGCUUUCCUCGCAACCCCUCACUCUUGGAAGACAUCAGCAUCAGCAUCGUCUGGCAUGGUGGCAUGCCCAUCGCACCUGUCUCUGCCUCCUAUUGUGGACCUGCUUUCGCACGAGGAUGAUGUGUUGCUGGACGGAUUGUCACUCCUCGCCUCCAUAUCAAAUCAAAUCAAACGCCUCUCCAACCAAUCGAGAGGCUUAGCAGCUGUGGCAACACAAGAGCCAGAAGUGCCUGUAGCGGGUGCUGCUAUGAUUCCAGUAGCGGCACCGGCAUUGGUCGCAGAAGAUCGGGCAGAACAAGCAGAACGGGCAGCUCGGGCAGCAGAAAGGGCAGUAGAACGGGCAGCACAAGCAGCAGAGGCAGCAGCAUCUACGGAGGGGGACAUCUUGCAGGGGUGGUGGGAGACAUUGAGGGAGGGGGAUAUCCUGGUGUGUUGGUUGCAGCAGAUGGGCUUCGAUGCCACGGCUGUUGUUGACCUUCUCAUGCAGCCCGCCACUGCUCCCUCCUGCCUUCGCCUGCUGCUGCUGUGCCUGCCUGCAGCAGCUGCCACGUGGAAGCACAUGAUUGGCCGUGCACUUUGGCUGCAAUGUGUGGGUUCAGCGUCAAGGGAAAUGAAAAAACAGUCGGAAAAUGGAAGGGAGAGGAGGCGGAGAGACCAGAAAGGAGGGAGUGUUGGAGAGGAAUGGAGUGAAGGCGAGGGGGAGGGUCAAGGAACGAGUGAGAGUGAGGGAGAAGAAUGUAGGAGAGGGGCGGAGGAAGAGGAAGGGGUGAGUGCUGAGGAGGAGUGCAGCAGUGAGGGAGAGGAAGAGGAAGGCAGUGAAGGGCGGGAGGAGCCUAGCAGUGAGGAAGAGGAAGUGGGAGAGGAAGUGGGAGAGGAAGUGGGAGAGGAAAUGGGAGAGGAAGUGGGAGAGGAAGUGGGAGAGGAAGUGGGAGAGGAAGUGGGAGAGGAAGUGGGAGAGGAAGAGGGAGAAAAAGAGGGAGAGAGCAUUCGAAAAACGUUCAAGCGGCAGCUGGAGGAACAGGUGGAGGGGAGGGAACGGAUGAGGAAGAGUAGGGUGGAGAGAUUGGGGUGUGGUGGUGGUGACGAGGAAUGGUGGCCGCUUGAUAUGACUGAUGGUUGGAGGAAGGAAGGGAGGGAAAGGGGGGGAGAGGACGAGGAAGAGGGAGGAGAGCAGAAUGACAGGGAAGAUGAGGAAGAGGAGGAAGGAGGAGACGAGGAAGGAGAGGAGAACCAGGAGGAAGAGGAAGGAGAGGAGGAAGAGGAGGGAGAAGGAGUGAAUGAUGAUGACAUGAAAGUGGAUCAGAUGGAGCUGACAGAUUCUGCUGUAGUAGUCACACCGUCUACAGUCGCGUGCUCCCCAGCAGGAGUAUCACAAUCCGCAGUGGUGGAUUCUCUCCAGUGCAUCGCUCAGCUGCACUCGCAACUCUCUCGCCUGCAGCACCUGGGGCUGUUCCCCUACAACGUGCAGCCACUGCUGAUCAGGUAA